AUGUCGGAUCCUUAUGCAGGCGUUGAAACCAUCGUCCUCUCCGAGCCUCUAUUAAAGACACAGUGUAUCCUAGGCGAGGGUCCCUGUACGAUCCGCGCACGGACACUUCAUUUCUUGGACAUAAUCCGCAGCAAGGUUUACAACUAUCACUUGGGAUCCAAGGAGCUGGUUGUACACGAUUACGAUGAAGUCACGGCUUUGGCUAUUCGAGCAGAUACACCUGGAUUUGCAUGCGCCGCGGCGAGAGGAUUCGGCCUCCUCCAUCCUCCCUCAACACCAUCUGAAAAGGGCCACGUCGAGUACUUGGCUACGCCUCUAACGGCAGAGCAAGAGGCAAAGACCCGGUUCAACGAUGGGCAUGCGAUGCCAGGGGCCGUUUCUUUGCUGGAACUCUGGCGGACGAAAACGCCAAGGGGGUUCGUUGUGGAGUUAUGGAAUUGGAGACGAGGGCGUUCGGAUUCGAAUGGUCUGGGGUGGACCUUGGAUAAUAAGAUUAUGUACUAUACCAACUCUCGUCAUAGUCAGAUACUUGCUUAUGAUUACGAUAUUGAGACAGGAAAUGUAUCUGAUGGGCUAUGCUUCGAUACCGAGGGAGGCCUGGAGCGCACAUUGGAGGGGCUCCAAGCUGGUCCGCUUUUCUUCAGAGGGAAAACCAACGCUUGUAGUUCAAAUCCUGGUGCACUCAACGUUACCGCGUGCACAUUUGGAGGUCCCAACAACGACCGUUUAUUCGUAACGACUGCAUCACCCGAAGCGAGUCCCGAGGCCAACGCCUCGCUCUCGGAUUAUCCCCAGUCUGGAGAUUUGUUCGAGGUAGAAUUGAAGGGCAGAUACAAAGGGAGUAAAUGGAGACACGAGUUUCGCGCGUAG